CGUACUUUGGUUUAUCAACAAUGGAGAAUCCUACUAGGGACACCGAAAGGCGAUCAGUUGUCCGUAGACAGGUGACGCUAGUUAAAAGAAGAGGCCGCGGCAGAUUACCGAAAAGCCAAACAAUCACCGAACAACCAAAAUUCCAACCCGGAACACUACAAUUCAUCAACUCUGCUCAUCCAGACGAGAUCACCAAUGCAAAUAGUAUCAGAUUGAUAAGAUCUCACGCUGCAAAGCUUUCUCGUGCUCUCCAGAAGAAAAAACAGCAAGAUGAAGCUCCUCUCGCGGGAGACAACCCUGAAAAUGUUCAAGCUAAGACAGAGUUGAGAUCUGUGGUUCACCCAGCAAGCAAUAAGCAAUACCGAAAGAUCAUGCCUAAAACAAAAGUACAUGAACAGACUGGAAAUCACCCACCAAGUCCGAUACAGUUGAUCGGCGGUGCUCGCAGUGCCGCCUACACAGGAUUUGCAAGACCACUUUCAGAUGAUGAGCACUAUCUUUUUGACUUCUAUCUAAAUUAUGUUAUUUCUUACGGAUAUACUGCAUGCUAUGCCCAAGACGACGAGCAAAACUUUAUUCGCUUGAUGAGACAUAUUUGGGUACCAAACGCAAUGUCCAAAGUCAGCCUGAUGAACGCUGUCUUUCACGUGGCGUGCCGGAACUAUGUCACCGUCACAAAUAACAGCCUAUCCAGCAAGUUUGGGGUAAAAAAGCUUCAAUAUCGACUAAUGUGCAUCAAAAUGGCUAAAGACGCCAUCGAGUCGGAGACUGUCGCUACUGACACAACUAUCGCAUUGGCUAUGCUUAUGGCCUCUGAAGCAUUCCUUGAAGGAGAUAUGAAUGCAUACUGGAGCCACGGCGCCGGCGUUAUGAAAAUGGUGCGUGCGCGAGGAGGCGUUGAUAUGCUGGGAAUGUCAGGAUUCUUGACUAGAACUGUCUCGGAAUCCAUCUAUCUCACGCAGACCAAUAUGAUAGCCGGGCCAAAUGUCUUGGAUCCAAAGAUAGUUGUCUCCUGAGGUACAAUCUGUAGAAUAGCCAUCGGAUUUCAAAAUCCUGUACGAAUCUUGGAUCGUAUUAUAAAAUUCUGCGUGCAAGUCAGUGGCACGUGU